GUUGAAAACCUAAUUCACACGCAAUUGUCAGCAAAUUAGUGGGCCGCGCACUUCAACCAUCUUCCAUAUUUCCAGAGACUUCCUUCUUCGAUAUUUCCAUAGACUUCUUUCAUGCCCUACUUCUUCUUUAAGUGCUAAUUUUUCUACCUUUGUCCCUUAUCAAUUUUUUUCAUCAAGUUUCUCAAGCUAAUUUUUAAGACGGAAUCAAGUGUAGAAUUUUGUAAUGCAAUGUAUAUUCGUGUUAAACGUAACAAGUCAACCUACUUUAUUCACUGUGAUCCUACUGAAAAAGUUUUGGAAAUAAAGCAGAAAUUACAAGGUAUUAUUGACCAGCCUGUUGAUGACCAGCGAUUGAUUCUCUUAGAGACAGGGGAAGUACUGGACGAUUCCAAGACUUUGGCAGAGGAGAAGGUGGAGAACGAUGCUGUGGUGGCAUUGACCUUGAAAAAAGAUGACGAUGAAUUUGAAGAUGUCAACAUUGAAAAACCAAAUGAUUUCUACCAAGCUCGUGAUUCAGACGGUGGUUCCAAUUGGUAACUGAAGUUCUAAAGUGUAGCUUAGCUUGUUAUUGUUAGAAUGAGCUCGCAGUAAUGGGUAGAAGAUGUAUUGCACUUGGUUCUGUUAGUCUUGUUAAAAACAUCCGGAAUGUUUGCUGAAAUCUGGGAUAAAACUUUGAAGUAGUUGGUGAAUUCAGGUAUGCGAUGACAUGGCUGAAGUACAUGAACCUAAUCAUGCCGGCUUGUUGUUGCUUAAGUAAAAGGCUCCUUGCAUAAGCGUUGGAUAUUAACAUGAAGUUUAAUUGCAAGUGUAUAAUUUUGAUAAUUGACUUUACACCAUUCUGUAUAAUCCUAAGGGCAUUUUGUGGUGAUGCUUUAUGGGAGAGGUGUUCAUUUUGAUCAUCGAGUGGAUUUCAAGUGAGAUGUUUUGAGUUGGUUCAAAAUUUGGUCUUAUGUUUAUGUUGAUUUUUACAUAAUUGAUAAUCCAUUUUUAAUGUCGGGUCAUAUUGAAUUCAACUAGUCUCUUUAGAGACCGUGUCUUUGAGAGACGUAUUUCAA